AUGUUCGAAAGCCUCAAAAAGCGCCUCCGUCGGGAAACAGGUGCCUACGAACCACCGUCAUUUGAGUUGAUUCCUGAACCCCAGGAGGUUUUGAGAGAUUUUGUAAAACAGGAUGAGGCGCUGGCAUUUGCUAGAUCGUGUUCUAGCUGCUACGAUAACCAGCUGUACAUCUUCGCCAAGGAGAACCCCGAGACUGGCGGUCGUACAUUCUUUGUCUCAACAUUCAGCAAUUUCUUCACUAGGUGGAGCAGUCAUAAACUCCCUGGAGAGCGUCACUUUUACGAGGUCAUCUACGACAAAUGCAACCUGUUUGUAGACAUCGACGGAGAUAGAUCAGCUCUACCAUCCCUGCUUGAAGUGGAGGAAGGGAUUGAACAAUCUAUACAAUUAGUAGACCAGCUCGCACAUCACGUCUUCAGGGCCCACCUGGACUGGGGUCGAGUGGUAGAAAUGGACGCGUCGAACUCCGUGAAGUUUUCGAGGCACUUGGUGCUUCCCUUCUUCAACCACCACUUCACAGACACUAAACAGGCCGGCAGGUUCAUCUCGCAGGCAAGCGCAGCAUCUGUUUGCCAAGAGCUUACCAAACGAACGCAAAACGGUGACAAGAGAUACCUUCCGCUAGUCAAGACGUGGACGGAGCAAGGCGAGGCGCUGCUGCUGAUCGAUCAAGCCGUGUAUACAAAAAACCGGCAAUUCAGGACUUUCGGAUCGACAAAAUUCAGAAGCACCAACGACCUCAAGCUCACGAACAGAUACUACGAGACCAAGGGACCCAAAGAGGACCUGAGACACAGUCUCGUAGGAAACGUACCUAGGUCCAGCAAAGAACUGACGGCGCACACGCAGAUCCCACCGCCAUCACGGAAGCUGAAUGAUACAAAACCUGAGACAGAAACGCAGAGUCUGUACAUCCCGUUCAGAGAUGAGGCCCUAGAACAAUACCUGAAGAGCUGCACUCGUUCCCUCUGUACAGACGAAAACGCGAGCAUCCAGUCAGGCAAGCUGUACUCCCAUAACUACGUCAUCUACAACAUCACAGAUAGCACAUUCUGCCCCGUCAAAAAGGGCGAGCACAAAAAGCACUCCGCGUACUGGGUGGUGGAUACGGCAGACUCGUGUACAUAUUUGAAGUGCCACGAUGUGGCGGAUUGCGAAGGGAGAAAGUCUACAAUCAAGCCUUUGCCCAAGCACCUAGCGCUCAAGCUCAAGACUACCGUGUCCGAAAUUUUGCAGAUACAGGAAAUGCUGUCGCAGGACGACACGAUUGCACUCUUCGACAACGAGACGACCGUUCUUGGCGAAUCAGCUUGCUCUCCACCCUUCCCCCACGAAACGACCCCGCCCCAGCCGCCCUCGAACGCGCCCUCCCCUGCAGCGAGCAGCGCGCGCGAGGCAGAGCCGGGCGCUAGCGGGAACGAGCAGCUGGACGCGCCGAGCGAGAGAGGCGCCGGUCUCGCUUCAGCAUCCAGCCCAUCGCCCCAGAAAACGAACCCGCCCCAGCCGCCCGUCCCGAAAGCGCCCUCCCCUGCAGCGAGCAGCGCGCGCGAGGAAGCGCCGGGCACUAGCGGGAACGAGCAGCUGGACGCGCCGAGCGAGAGCGCCACCGCCCCUGAACCUCCCUUGAUUGCACCCCCUCCAGCAGCGAGCAAAGAGACAAGUACGCCCAAGUCUUUGCCCCCGAAAAAAAGACCGUUGACUGCAGACGCACAGCGCAGAUACAUCGAAGACGUAGUACAAGAUACAAAAGACCAGACGCCAGAUGAGGACAUCAGUGGAUACAUCUUUUACUGGUUGUGA